AUGGAGGAAGUAGCGAGCUGCACCACACUGACCAGUCCUGAAGUGAGCAGUCAUUCGCGUGUCGUUACGAACCAUGACAUAGCCCACCAGCGCAACGGUUUCGAUCUCACUCCGGAGGAGCUCGCCGAGUGGUUCAUGAAGCUGCAGGACGUGGGCCGCGUCCACAACAUCAACCUCGUUACACCCGAGCAUGUCGUACCCCAGGUCUGCUUGUCGAUUCUGCACGCGCGCGAGCUCGGUCUGCGCAUACCCAUCAUUUACAACACGUCGUCGUUUGAUUCGCUCGAGAGUAUACAAUUGAUGGAUGGCCUAGUGGACAUUUACCUCCCUGACUUCAAGGUCUGGAGUGACAAGACAAGCCGUCGGUUGCUCAAGGCUGAUGGGUACACAAAGGUGGCUAUGGAAAGCAUCAAGGCUAUGCACGAGCAGGUCGGUGACCUCUGCUUCACUGCAGACGGUAUUGCCAAAAAGGGAGUGCUUGUGCGCCACCUGGUCAUGCCGGGUAUGGAGGAUGAAGGCAUAGAGAUCAUGAAGUGGCUUGCGGACAAUGUGAGCAAAGACAUCAUGGUUCACAUCAUGGAACAGUAUUUCCCGAGAGCUCAUGUGGGCAAGGAGCGACGUCGCCGUACAGGUCAAGACGUUGCGGAGCCAGGAGGUGUUGAAGCAUCAGCCUCGACCAAGAAAGACGUUAGAUAUGCAGACAUCAACAAACCUGUAGACUUGGAGGAAGUAGCGUCGGUCAAGAAAGCAGCUGAAGAAGCUGGCCUGUGGAGCCGAGUCAACAACUCCUUUACCUCGAACACCACCACGAACACGCAACGUAUUGAUUUGCGCAUUACUACAAUGCCGCUGAUCACUGUGGACAACAUCACCGACAUCGAAGGAACCGUCCAUGAACUCAAGAUCGACCGAGACACUUGGCAGGCUGUAGCGCUCCAGUACAAAGAAGCCUUCGAGGCUCAGACAGCCCGCCUACAACAGCUGCAGGACGUAUGCUUUGCCACGCAAGCUGAGUUGGAGAACGAGCGGGCUCAACAACGUCUCCAAGCAGUUUCUAGCGAGCGCGAGAACCAUUGCCCUCCUCCAUUCGGCAGUGGUGAAGACCUUCGAGACAACUUCAUUUUCGGUACUGCUACUGUGCACUCACCAACCAAGACCGAGUAUGAUCGCUCACGCCCAUCUUCCGAGGACUGUAUUAACCCAUUAUUCGAGCACGUGCAGAAGUGCACUAUCCAGCGGAACUAUGGUACUGCUUUGGUCGAGGUUGAGCGGCUCUUACGCGGUCCGCUUAGCUACAAAGCUCGCGCCGAAGGCUUGCUCCUCAAGAGCAGUAUCCUACGGGCCUCUGGCCCCGAUGAGCUCCUCGAUGCGCUAGCUGCGUGUAGUGAAGCCGUAGAGCUAUGCGAUCGUCUUUCCGAACUCCAGAGUUUCUUACCUCGAAUACGAUGCCAGCGCGGCUUGCUGUAUUAUGAUUUGCGCCUAAUUCAACAAGCCAGAGAAGCGUUCAGUACCAACAGUGACGACGAACUUCUCUCUGCUAAAGCUAGUGGGUUUCACAAGUCUUACGAUGAUGAGCUGGAUCUGCUGCGAUGUACCAAGCGUCGGUCGGGCUUUGAUGAGAACCGCACUAUGGAAGGCUUGCUCGCCCAGGUGGAGGACAAGGGUGCAGAGAACAAGUACAGGCGUACCAGUGCGCAACUCAAGCAGCGUGCCGUCGCAAAGGCGAGACGAAUGUCAUUACCUUACCGCUGGGUCUAUUCGAAGAGCGAGGGACACCAUCGAGAGUAA